AGAAAGAGGGAUUAAAAAUCUAAGUCGUUGAUAAACGGGGCUUGCAAAGGGAGUUGGCCAGUUGGGGUCCUUGGGGAUAAUGAAGGAAAUUUAUAAUUAGUCCACACAAUAAUUUGCAUUUCUCCCAUCUACUAGUCCAAUUGAGCAGCAGCCGCCCCUUUACGCUGCAUUUGUCUUUCGUCAUAUUUCUUGUAUCUCCGCUCCUCCGUGAAAACCAACAUGGCUAAGGCGGCUCCGACAACCUUCCGCACCUUCACUUCUUCUAACCCCACCUUCAAUUCUUCUUCAAAACCCUCAAUUCCUCUUCAAAACCCUUCAUUUCUGAAACUGCCCAUCACCUAUUCGACGAAAUGCCGCACUCAAUUCCUCUCCUCAACCCAUUCGCCGUCGUCUCUAACACCACUGAAAGCUGCGGAUUCCUCCUCUGAUUUCGUACCCUCCACCGCGUUUCAUGGUCUCUGCUACGUCGUCGGCGAUAACAUCGACACUGACCAAAUCAUCCCUGCUGAGUACCUAACUUUGGUCCCUUCAAACCCUGAAGAAUACCAAAAACUUGGGUCAUAUGCCUUAAUUGGAUUACCCAGUUCAUACCAAGUUCGUUUUGUUGAUGAUAAUGAAAUCAAGACAAAGUACUCUAUUAUCAUUGCUGGUGCCAAUUUUGGAUGUGGGUCAUCAAGGGAACAUGCCCCAGUUGCUUUGGGUGCUGCUGGAGCUAAAGCUGUGGUGGCUGAGUCAUAUGCUAGGAUCUUCUUUAGGAACUCUGUGUCAACUGGGGAAAUUUAUCCUUUGGAAUCAGAGGUUAGGAUUUGUGAGGAGUUUACUACUGGGGAUGUUGCAACUGUUGAGCUUGGUGAGAGCAAGUUGAUUAAUCAUACUACUGGAAAGGAGUAUACUUUGAAGUCUAUUGGGGAUGCUGGCCCUGUUAUUGAAGCCGGCGGCAUUUUUGCCUAUGCGAGGAAGGCUGGGAUGAUAGCAGCUGCAGACUCUUGAGUUUGAGUUUUGUUGGGUCGCAGAUUGGAUAUACAAGUUCAAAUCAAUACUCAUUCUCCUCAUUACCAGAUGCAAUCUCCAGAAUUUGGGGCUCUAUCUUGCUAUGUAUUAGAUUUGGGUUUUUUUUUUUUUUUUUUUUUUUUUUUUUUUUUUUUUUUUUUUCCCUUUCUUUUUCACUAUAGAUUUGCAUUUCGUAUGGCUGUAAGAUUGUCAUAAAUCAGAGUAUGAUUGUAACUGGUGCGCCUGCUGUUCUGCUUAUCUAAAUAAUAAUGCUCAAAGUUUGGUCUUAAAACCUUCGAUAGUUAAAGCGUGUAGUAAGAAUCUAUAUUUGCCUC